AUACUACAUGACGUCGACCUACUCUUAGAAAACGAUCGCUUGAUCUACGAGUGCUCGCAAAAUCCAACUCACUUUUCUGUUGCCGUAGAUAAGUUCAAAUACAGAAUACCUUAUGAACAAAUAUUUGGUGGCGUAUCGGCUGUUCUCGGUGACCAAUUUUACAAUUCAAAUGGUUUCAGUAACGUUUAUUUUGGAUGGGGCGGUGAAGAUGACGACUUCAGACAAAGAUUAAUCGUGGCUGGAUUCCACCCCGUGCAUUAUAAAGAGCAUUCUAUUGCUCGUUAUGCUAUGCUCAAACACAACAACAAUGCGGAUAUAAAUGAUGCUAGGUUUAGUAUGCUGCAUACGGGAUAUGACAGAUACCAUUGUGAUGGACUUAAUUCAAUGGAGUACACUGUGUUAGGAAAACAAUACAAAAAACACUAUCUUCUUAUCAGAAUCAGCUUACCCACCGAUCUCAGCACCUCCACUAUUUGUCAGCGCUGCUCAAAUGAUUAUAUAUUUGAAGACUUUGAUACGAAGAAGAUAAACGAAACUAUAACAGAACUGCCUGAAAUUUGCAAUAUUGUGAAAAAUGAUUUUAA